AUGGCUCCUAAAAUAGGUAGGAUCCCCACGGGGAAGGCGAAUUUCCUCAAGGAUAUCGUGAGUGUCCGAAACAAGACCUUCAACCAACGAAUUAUCCGCAAUUCUUUUAAAGAGCGUGGUAUAUACCCUCCAAAUGGCGAUGCCAUUAUUCAAAAACUUCAAGAUGCACUUCCACCGAUACCAGAUCUCUUCGCGCCCGAUCUUCGUGCAUACGCGUGGAAAACACCCCUCCAAAGAGUGCCCAAGACCUCGAGAAGAAUCAAUACAGAGGGUCCCACACCGAAGCUCCAACGAGGCCUACAACGUGCGUUCUACCAUCAUAAACGUACGGCGGAAGAGCUUGCGAUAAUGAGCGAUACAAUUAGUCGAAUGAGGGAGAUACAGGCCCCUCGGAAGCGACAAAUCACCAAAAGAGAGAUUCCUAAGAUCGGAGACUCUGGUAUACUCAGUACAAAAGAUGCCAAUCGAUCAAUGAAGACCAGGAGAGAGAAAGAAGCUAUACAAGAGAUGAAGAUGUUGGAUAAACAGUGGACAAAAUUGUACGGCCGACCGCCACCCAAGUCGCCUACUGGGGAGAGUUUUAUUUUGUCAGAUAGUGUGGUGGCUAUGCAGCAGGGAGGGGAGUCUUUUUGGAUAGAUACUCAGGGUGAAAAGCAGAAAUUAAUGUGA